AUGGAGUCCAUGCCUCGGUAUCAAAUGAGACGGCCGCAAUGUCGGAUUCCCCCAGUCGAUAGUACAGCGUACUGUACUAUUUGAGCAUGCAAAUUUCGUUUCCCUUUCCGGAAGCGGGGCCUUUGAGGGGGGUGGAUAAAUAACGGGAGCCGGAGUGGAUCAAAAGAAUCGGUGGUUUGGACAUUGGACAGUUUAGCUGAGGAAUCUGCUCCUGGAAAUACGAGAAUUGAAGAGUUUUGCUUGGCUAUUCAAGACUUAUUAAGAGUUCUCCAGGCAUGUUUUGAACAAUUGGAAACAUUAGGCUUGAACCCAUCUUAGGAAUGGUGAAAUCAGGAACAAAAUCAUCAAGGUCCUUGAGAGAGUGAUGGCUAUUCAUCAUAAAUCUGAAUAUGGAGGCCACUGGGACAGAUGAAGUAGAGAAAAUAAAAUCAAAGUUUAUAUCUGCAUGGAAUAAUAUGAAAUAUGGCUGGGUACUGAAAACCAAAACUUACUUUAGCAGAAAUUCUCCUGUAUUUUUGCUGGGAAAAUGCUACCAUUUCAAGACCGAUGAGCCCAGUGACCAGUCACCAAAUGGUUCCUGUGAUGACAUGACAGAAGAAAAGUUUUCAAGAAAUGUUGAAGAGUUCCGUAAAGACUUUGUUUCUAGGAUAUGGCUGACUUACAGGGAAGAAUUUCCCCAAAUCAAGGGUUCAGUUUUAACAACAGAUUGUGGUUGGGGUUGUACUUUGAGGACUGGCCAAAUGCUUCUGGCUCAAGGACUUAUUCUCCACUUUCUUAGUAGAGACUGGACUUGGGCCAAUGCCUUUGUUUUUGAGAAUCCAGAGUCUGAAUCAUGGACAACUCAGACAGUAAAAAAGCUCACAGCAUCUCUUGAAACAUCACUUAUAGGAGAAAGAGAAUUCAGGAACCAGUCAAAUCACCCUAAAAGUCCAAUACGCAUCCGGGAAAAUGAAGAAAGCAUAGAGGAGCAGUAUCACCGAAGAAUCAUAUCUUGGUUUGCUGAUUCACCACUUGCCAAUUUUGGCUUGCAUCGGCUGAUAGAAUAUGGAAGGAAGUCUGGAAAAACAGCUGGAGAUUGGUAUGGGCCAGCAGUGGUAGCACACCUUUUGAGGAAAGCAGUUGAAAAAGCAAGGGACCCUGAAUUACAAGGAUUAACCAUCUAUGUUGCUCAAGACUGUACAGUUUACAAGUCCGAUGUUAUUGAUGCUCUCUGCCCUUUCACGGAUUCUGGAAAGACAAGUGCCAAAUCUGUGAUUAUAUUAAUUCCUGUCAGGCUUGGUGGUGAACGGACCAAUAUGGAAUACUUUGAGUUUGUGAAGGGAAUUUUGAGUCUUGACUACUGCAUUGGCAUUAUUGGAGGCAAACCUAAGCAGUCAUACUACUUUGCUGGAUUUCAAGAUGACAGCUUGAUUUACAUGGAUCCUCAUUAUUGCCAGUCUUUUGUAGAUGUCAGCGUAAAGGAUUUCCCCCUUGAGUCUUUCCAUUGCCCUUCUCCAAAGAAGAUGUCAUUUAAAAAAAUGGAUCCGAGUUGCACCAUAGGAUUGUAUUGUCGUGACGUCCAGGGUUUUGAAAGAACUGCUGAAGAAAUAACGAAGAUUCUAAAAUCCUCAUCUAAAGAGAAAUAUCCCGUGUUUACUUUUGUAAACGGACAUUCCAGAGACUAUGAUUUUGUGGCGAGUCCAGUCCAAGAAGAGAAGACAAUGUUCUCUGAAGAUGAACACAAAAAGUUGGCGUGUUUUAAUAAUGAAGACUUUGUCUUGCUAUGAGGACAUUUUUAUUUAUUCAUUUAAAUGUUUUUUUAUGCUCAGUCUUCACAGAUGUUACAAAAUGGCUUAACUAGAGGCUGCCAACAACAUAAAAAUCAUAAUUAAAAGUAAUUAAUAAAAACUUGUGGCAUUAAGCAGUAGACUACCAAGGACUAUCAUCACUGAUCAGUUGUUGAAAACUUGUUUUCUGGCUCCCAGCAAAGAGAGUCCUAGAAUUUAAGACUAGGCACCACUGCCCAGUAGUCUUUGCUUUGCAUAACAAUGUACAUCACUUCAGUUGGGAAAUGACAGAAUGGACACUCAGUGGCGACUCAAGUCUGAUGUACUAGAAUCAUCAGUCUUUCCAGCAGGGGAUAUUAAGCCCAAACUGUCUGAAGUCUGUUAGUUUAGGUAAGAAAGAAAAGAAAGUAAAUUGGACAGGAGGAAUUCUUCAUACGAACAAUGUAAAGCAUUUAAAUAUUCCCUUUAAUUGAUAAAAAUACAAGGUUUACCAGACAAAGCAUCUAUUGGCAUACAAUUAAUAAAAACAGACUUGUAGUUAAUAUUUCAAAAAGCUUAGGAAUCAGUAGUUCUUUUCCUGGUGAUUAAAGAAAUAAACUAAAGGGAAUCUGUACUGUGAAGGCUAAUUAAUGUUGAUGGCCUACCAUGCUCAGUGUUGAAGAUGUACUUAACAAUUUGCUCAUCAUAACAGUCAAGUUUGGCGCAUUCUAGUGCAUUUCAAAAAAUGUAGAGUAUCUUCCAUACACUAAGCUUCUGCAGAGAUAUCUUUUUGCCAGAGCCAUCACACGGCAGAAAAAAAGGGAUAUACCUUAUGUGUAUAGCAACAGGUAUGCCUCCUGGCCCGUGGGCAUUAGAAAGUCAAGAAGGGCAUCAAGGUCUUCUGACACCUUUUAGGACUAGUUGUCAGUUCUGAACUGUCCGACCUACUGUAGUGUAUCUAAUCCUAUAGUCUGCAUUUCUUAGUAAAUACAUUGAUACAGCCAUUAUAUAGUGUUGCUUUGCAGAUCAGCAUUGAGCUGCAUGACUUUCCUUAAAGCAGUAUAUCUACUGCAGGUGACAUUUUGGGGAUCAUUUGUCCUAAGAAUGCAC